AACUUUAAUUGUAAGAGUUUAAUUUCCAGCCGCAAGUAAUGAAAUCUGAACCUCCGUAGGAAACGCAAUCCCUGUGCUGAGGUCACCCUCUGGUUUAUGAUGUGACUGCUUUUGUUUCUGGGCAAGCGCUCGGCUGUUUUGCUAGUGCAGCGAUGAUUUAGUAGUGAGAGGCUCUGGUGUGUCACACCUGCUGUAACCGACUCCGCGAGAGCCACCAGGAGAGCCAGUCCUGCCUUGGCUUCCUGCGUCGCUGCGGCCGCUGAGACCGUGCUGGGUGUUACGCCGAUCCGGGGCGUUCAGCAAUGCAAGCAGGUGAAGGAGGCCCUCAGACUGGCACCAUGACAGAGUGCUUUGACUGCGACAACUGCAAGGAGUCCUUGUAUGGGCGCAAGUACAUCCAGAUGGACAAUGGCCCAUAUUGCAUCCCCUGCUAUGAUGCCCACUUUGCCAACACUUGUGAUGAGUGCAAAGAGCUGAUCGGCCAUGACUGCAGAGAACUGUACUAUGAGGAUCGCCAUUACCAUGAGCAUUGCUUUCGUUGCUUCCGCUGUGACCGCUCGCUGGCUGACGAGCCAUUCACCUGCCAGGACGAGGAGCUGCUGUGCAACGACUGCUACUGCAAUGAGUUCUCCUCAAAAUGCAUUGCCUGUGAGAAGACGGUCAUGCCAGGAUCCCGUAAGCUGGAGUACAAUGGACAAACCUGGCAUGAACAUUGCUUCAUAUGUAGCAGCUGCCAGCAGCCUAUUGGGUCACGAUCCUUCAUCCCAGACAAUAAGGAUUAUUACUGUGUCCCCUGUUAUGAGAGCAAGUUUGCUCCUCGCUGCACUCGUUGCAAAAAGUCCCUGACGAAGGGAGGAGUGACUUACCGGGAUGAGCCCUGGCACAAGGAGUGUUUCGUCUGCACGGGCUGCAAGACUCCCCUGGCUGGCCAGCAGUUCACCUCCCAGGAUGACAACCCGUACUGCAUUAAGUGCUUUGGCAACCUCUAUGCCAAGAAGUGCAGUGCCUGCACAAAGCCCAUCACAGGCUUUGGCGGUGGAAAAUAUGUCUCCUUUGAGGACCGUCACUGGCACCAUAAUUGCUUUAACUGUGCCCGCUGCAAGACCUCGCUGGUCGGGAAAGGCUUUAUCCCUGACAACGACGAGAUCCUGUGCCGCGACUGCAGCAGCGACCUAUGAGCCUCCGAGCAGCCGUGGGGCAGGGGCUUUCUCUAUUCUUCAGGGUCUUUGUGCCAAAUAUCCCCAACAGCAUUUCAGGGGCAGAGCACAAGGCACAGGAGAUAAGGGCUGACCCCGAGCCGCGGUGUGUUCAGGAGGUUCCUGUGCCCCUCCCUGAAGGCUAGAGUAUGCUAUGCUAAGGCUCUGUGCAGAGUCAAAGCUAAAUAAAAGUUGGAAAAGGAGCUUCAAGAUCCCCCAUUAUUUAGUCUUUCCUUUUGCUUCCUGUCUGAUUGGGCACUAGCAGAGCGCAGGGCCCCCGGCUGAGCAAAGGGCAGGCAGCAGUGGCUUCAGCAUUGGUCUGCUGGAUCUGCACGCUGGCAGCAUGUAUUCACUCCUCUUUUGCACAAUGCGGAUUUUUCUCUUUUCCCUGUGUGCUCCCUUUGCUCUGUGUGAUCAAGACAGCAGCUCCUAGACCGUGCAGCUUGGCCUUGUCAGCCUGUGUAGUGGAUGGCUUUGCAGCAUGGCCUUUUCUGCACGCGCGGUUUAGCCUGUGGCAUUGCAUGACCUGGGCCCAAAAGGUUCUCCCUGCCCCAUUUGGGAAGUCUGGGGACACCAGGCUGGAGCACGGUCAGAAGAAUAUCAUGCAUCAUGCCAGAUGGGAACCACUCCCCAUUUCUCUAGCCACCUCACCCUUUGUGGGCCCAGGCCCUUUGCUCUGCGUGUCUCCACGGAAUUGCUCUCACUCAGAUGUGGAAAAGGACCUCAAACCGCCAGUGAGUAUGGAGCACUCUAGCCCUGCCACCUUUCUGGCCCAUUCCCAUCCUCCUGCCUGUGCCGCAACCUCCCCACGGCGGCCUCUGUUCUGUUCAGCCCUGAAGCUGCCUUGUAGCUGUUUGCACAUGUGGCCGUGUUUGCAGCUACCCGAGCUAGAGCUGGUGAUGCUGCCUGAGAUACUUCUAGCGAAACAGCGGAGCAGGGUGUUUUGGAGGCUGUUAGAGCACUGAGGGUUUUUAUUCCUGCUCGUUCCCUCUCAUGGGGAACUGCAGAAUAGGGACUGCCUUACCGAGGCCAGCCGGCAGUGACACAAAGAUCACCAAAGACAUUUCAUUAGUUCUGGAGUUGUCUGCAGGCUGCUGCUGUGCUUGGCGGCCGCUGGGGCGGAUGCAGGGAGGAAGGCAGGAGCUCUGUGGCGCAGCGAGCCCCCGAAGGUCGGCCGGGGCGUCCCCCCACCCUGCUCCUGCUGGGGCUGAGCGUUCCUGCCCGGCACCGGGAGAGGCUCCCUGGCCACGCUCCUCCCG